GGCGGUGGGUGGUGGUGGGGAGGGAUGGGGUGGCUGAGUGCAGACUGCAGCACCAAAACACACUGUGGCGCACAGCUCCACACAUCGAUCCCUGCUGCCAAUCUGCUGGGACAGCAGAGAGAGGAAAAACUGCAGUGACAGUGGACAGUGUGGGCCGGGGUAACACGAGACAGUCAGGUGGGGGAUCAUAGAUGUACUGGGGAAUGAGAUUACACGUGAUUGUGUUACGGUGUGAUUAUACCUUGAGAGGAGAACGUGACUUUUCCAAACUUGUACCUGCAUAGGCUCUGAGGUCAAACAGUUGCGACAUUAAAGCCCCCAUACAAAACGUGAUCGCCAUGUAGAGCCGCUGUGUUGAUGCCUGGGCUUGCGAGGCAGCAAAGAGGAGCCGCAUGAGUGAAUUCGUGUCUCCCCUGAGGGUGGAGGCGUUCUGCAAAAGCUUGCAGGUUUCCCCUCAUCGUCUGUUGUCCCUGCGUCAAAUGAUGCGCCGGCGCCUUCACUAUAAAAGCACCUGUCCUGGCCAGACAUCACUCGCAUCUCACUCUCUCUCUCUCUCACACACACACACACUCUCACCCUCACACACUCCGAAACUCCACGCACUCUCUCCCUCUCUCUCUCUGUGUCUCUCUCUCUCUCCAGUGCAGAGCAGUGGCACCGGUCACCACCACAGCAAACCAACCAUGAGUUACUCCAGCGACAUUUACAGCAGCAGCUCCUAUCGGAAGAUCUUCGGAGAUGCGCCCCGGUCCGGCCGCGUGGGUCUGGGCAGCAGCAGCAGCCCGUCCCGCCUGCACUCUGCUGGGUACCGCAGCAGCCACCGCACCUAUGGGUCCCCCUCCGUGAUGUCCUCCUCCUCCACCUACCGCAGGUCGGCGGCGCCCGGCCGCGUCUUCUCCUCCAUGCCGGACUCCGCGAUGGACCUGACCCAGUCCACCGCGGUCACCAACGAGCUCAAGAUCAUCCGCACCAACGAGAAGGAGCAGCUGCAGGGCCUCAACGACCGCUUCGUGUCCUUCAUCGAGAAAGUUCACAACCUGGAGCAGCAGAACAAAGUCCUGGAGGCGGAGGUGACAAUGCUGCGGCAGCGCAACAACGAGCCGUCGCGCCUCCACGAGCUGUACGAGCAGGAGAUCCGCGAGCUGCGGGCGCGCGUGGAGGAGCUGACGCACGAGAAGAGCCAGAUGCACGUGGACUGCGUGCAGAUGAACGAGACGCUGGAGCGCGUGCGGGAGAAGCUCGACGAGGAGACCCGGCUGCGAGAGGAGGCGGAGAACACCCUGAAGGGCUACCGGAAGGACGUGGACGACGCCACCCUGUCGCGCCUGGAGCUGGAGAAGAAGGUGGAGGCGCUGCUGGACGAGAUCGCCUUCCUCAGGAAAGUUCAUGAGGAGGAGCUGCAGGAGCUGCAGGCGUCUCUGCAGGCCACACAGGUGUCUGUGGAGAUGGACCUGAGCAAACCGGACCUGACUGCCGCCCUGAAGGACAUCCGAGCUCAGUAUGAGAACCUGUCGGCCAGGAACCAGGCCCAGGCCGAGGACUGGUACCGCUCCAAGUUUGCCAGCGUGACCGACGCUGCCACCCGCAACCAGGACGCCAUCAAGCACUCAAAGGAGGAGCUGAGCGAGUACCGCAGGCAGGUGCAGGCCCGCACCCUGGAGAUCGAGGCCCUCAGGGGCCACAACGAGGCUCUGGAGAGGCAGAUUGCCGAGAUGGAGGAUCACCAUAGCAAUGAAAUUGGAGAGAUGCAAGAUACGAUUCAGCAGCUGGAGGGUGCCCUGCGCAGCACCAAAGGAGAAAUGUCCCGUCACCUGCGUGAAUACCAGGACCUGCUGAACGUCAAGAUGGCGCUCGAUAUUGAGAUCGCUGCCUACAGGAAGCUGCUGGAAGGUGAGGAGUGCCGCCUCAGCUCCGUCGGCGGCGCCAUGCUCCAGUCCGGCUACCCCGGUUUCUCCUACAUGUCCUCCCGCACCUACUCCCUCGGCGCCUACAGGAAGUCCGAAGCCAAGCCCGAGGAAGAGGAAGAGGAGGGAGAGGAAGAGGAGGAGGAGGAGGAGGGAGAGGAGAACGAGGAGGAGGGAGACGAGGGAGAGGAGGGAGAGGAGGGAGACGACCAGGAGGAGGGCGAGGGCGAGGGAGAGGGAGAGGGAGAGGGAGAAGAGGAGGAAGAGGAGGAGGAGAAGCCCAAGGAGAAGGAGGAGAAGGAGAAGAAGAAGGAGAGCCCCACCGGCAAGACCAACAAGAGUUAAACUGUUCGUGUCGCCAUCUUCAUCAUUAUCAGUAACACAUUCCUCAUCACACCAAUCACUAUGGAUCUGGUCCCUGUUCAUGUCAUCUCUGUCACACAUGAACACACACGACUCUGCACACUCCAGAUGCCUCAUACCUCCUGUGUUCUUCACUCUGUGUUUGCUCUGUAGCCAAACGUGAUUAGUACUAACUACUAGACGAAGAAAGGAGCUCUAGAUGGGAAUAGAUGUACUGAAAGCUAGCAUGAUGUCACAACGUUUCCUAAGUUUAAAAUCGGGGGUGAUUUUUCCUCAUAUGAGCAGCAGUAAAUGUGCCAUCAACGAUCAAUUUCCACAGUACGAGCAAAUCAAAACCUUGAAAGUAACAACACUGUCAGCAGCACACAAGUCUUUAGGAUAAAUGCACAGAUCUUGGCGCACGAGUAUCAGCGAGGCCAACUUUUACGGUGCUAUUUGAUUUUUACAUAUUAAAAGUUGGGGAGUACUGUAGGUUGAGGAUUUCACCGUAGGCCGAAGCUCUACCAGCUCAUUCCUGAAUGAGGAACGAUUAACUUAACUGUGAGUCAAGCCCAACAUUUCCCACGGCAGGUGAACGCUUUCCACUCCCCUCUUUUCUUCCACCCAUGUUCCAUCACGUGUCUCAUCCCACCAUGACAAAAUGAAAUGUACCACACAAACCACCCGAGCCCCUUCCCCCAUCCUCCAUUCAAGUCACUGCAGCGUCACAGCACGGCAAUAAUGGCAACUCGGAAAAAAAACACUGUAUAUAUACGAAUGUGUCGGGAGGGUGGGAGGUUUUUUCAGUUGCUGGGGAGGAGGAGGAGUGCUGCAGCUUCUCCGAGGGGAAGUGCAUCUAUGGGAAUGAAAAAUGUAGAGUUUAAAAAUUGCCGCUAUAUAUAAUAUUUUUGGGAAUAUGAAUUAUCCCCCCCUCGGUUGAUUCAUUUGUCAAUUUAUCAGCCGCCAGUCAGAGCUCAGUAUUUAUCUGCGAGUCUAACUCCUCAUCUAUUUCUGUUCAUCUCAAGAGUAGACCAGCCUCUUUUGUUGCCCCUCACACAGAUGUAGUAGAGCUUUUGUUUGAUUUUGCCGGAUAAAGGAAACAAAGUGAAGGUGAGCGUGGCUGCCGAUGUCAGGCAGCUGGUGAUGACACUGACAGCCCUCAGCUCAGACUGGAAGUGGCAGGUGGGGCAGAUGCCAUAGGGGUCAUGGCUAUAUGGUACGGAGACGCAUAUAAGGGCUAUUUCACCAUCACCCCUUCUAUCACUUUGCCCUGAACGGUUUCAUUUUACUGUUGGUCCAUCACUACAUCCCCCCUGGGUUUUUUUUCCCUUUGUGACAAAUGAAUCAACCAACGGGCAUGAAUGCAUGGCCUGACUCUCGGAGCUUGAAUAUCUGCUGGAUGGGAUAGAUUUUUUGCUUGUUGUGUGUUCUAUUAAGAAACUUGCCUUAACCAUGUCUGAAAGUUAAAAUAAAUACAUAUUUUCACCUGCAAACCACGUGUUUUUGGGGAGGCUGAGGAGUGCUGACAUUUUCCAGACCUCUGCUAUACAACUGUGACUGUAUGUGCUGCUAUCUCAUGCAGUGAUAUUCCUCUCAAAACCAAAUAAAGACAUUUAUUA